AUGUCUUUCACGGAGAUAGUUCGUCUGAAAUUAUACUGGAAUACUACUUAUACAACUGAACCUGAUGGGACUAUCACGGUACAGCGGGAUGCGCCGGACAGUUAUCUUAUCAUUGAUCGUAUGUUAGAUUUCUCGGAACUUGUUGAUAAGGUAUGUGGUGUGAUGGAAGUUGACAGAAAAGGGCUGUAUAUUGAUUUUUCUUUGGUAUGGACGGAGAUGUCAGGAAAAAGGUCUCGUGUGCACAUUAAUGAUGAUAAUACUGUUCGGUUCAUUUAUCUUUGUGCUGAUAAAUGGCCAGAAUUGUACCCUGAAAAUGUUGAGAGAACAGGCCAUGUUUAUGCAAGUACAUCUGGCCAGGAUAUUGGUGCCAGCACUAGUGGUGGUAGAACAGUUGAAGACAAUGAAGAUGGAGAUGAAGAUGGAGAUGAAGAUGAAGAUAAAGAUGAAGAUGCAGAUGAAGAUGAAGAUGAAGAUGGCGGGGGUGUCGAAAGCAGUGAUGAUGAGUACGUCCCAUCGGAUGAGGACUCAGAUGACGACACUGAUUUUGAGUCAUCUUCUUCAGUCCCAUAUGUUUUCGACGACAUAAGUGGAUGGGACAAGACUUUAGAGGAAGUAGAUUGUGAUGGGAUUAAAAUGUGGGAUGGCAAUCCGUUGACGCUAGGCCUUGAUAUACAUUUCGCCAACAAGCCCGAGGCACAAGCGGCGAGUGGGAGAAUGGAACUUGGUACAUGGUCGGACUUUCCGGUGAAAACGAGCUCUAAACGAACAUGGUAUGUCGAAUGCGAGACGUGUGGACCCAAAUAUCCAAAAGAGCGUCUUCACGGCUAUGAUUGUCUGUGGAAGGCGCGAGUUUCGCUACAGAAGGCCACCGAUACUUGGAAAAUGGUGGCAAACAUUGAUAUGAUCCAAAAAUGUCAGACUGUUCUACCUCCUAAGCCAAUGAAACUGUAUGAAGAGGCCCGGAAGAAAUCAUUGAGGCAAAAGGUCAACCGGUUUAACAAGAGAAACCAGAAGUACGAAGUGGUUACAAUAGCACUCGAUAAUCAACCAUGGAAGGCUGAGGAGAAGCAAGUUGUGUUGUAUGCAAAUCGAGAGUGCACUUGCGGAAGGUGGCAGACUUUCAGAUUUCCUUGUUCCCAUGCACUUCGAGUUGCCCGUGAGCUAGGUGACGAUCCCUUCCCACUUUUUGAUCCAUGUUACACUACGCAUCAAUGGUACCAGCAGUUUUCUAGAGAAUUCAACCCAAUCAUGGAACCAUGGCCAAAGGCAAAGUGGCAGAUCAGGCCAGAUGACACUAAACUUGUCCACCAUGCUGGCGGAGGUCGGAAGCGUGUGAAUCGGAAAAAAGGUGUGAUGGAUUAUACAAGCAAAUCUGGCCAGCGAAGACUCCAAACUUGCAGUUUAUCCUAUUUGGAGAGGAUGUUUGGAUUUAGGUUCCAGACAGAGGAGUCUAGAUUGACGAGCGUUUCCAUCACUGAAAUAAAGACUCACAUAGAGAAUAAUCCUUUGACGGACCUGUCCCCUGACGAUGCACACCUACACAUGUCCAAGUCAUCUCUGGCCGCUUCUGCCAAGGCUAUUACCGGCUGUGUGAUUCUUCUUCAGCUCUGGGCCUGGGAGCGGAUUUUGACGGUUCAGCCCAAGAUACUGGGUGGGGAUCUCGAUCUAUCUGAUUGUCCAUUGGGCACGAGGUGGUCCCGUGAGAAAAAAGUUCAAGGUAUCACGCGGUUCAAUUUGGCCGCGUACCGGGAUCAGCUUGCAGUUCUCGCAGAGUCUGAUUUUGUAUGGAUGCCGUACACGAGUCUUUUGGGUCGUAUUGCCAGGGGGAUACCCGGCGACGCAUUACUUCUCACUGCGGCGGAAAUUACUAGCCUGCUCAAGAGGAAGCCGUUUGGAGGAUCCGAUAGGAGAUGGUUACAACAACUAGGGAUAUAUCUCCAGGUUUGGAAUGAUCGCCACGGCCAACUUGUGGGGACUGAUGAUGAUUAUGUUGGCGAGCCUUCCGCAGAUCCAAAGUAUCUCUUGUGGUACCAUCAGAUUACUGUGAAGUAUGUUACGGAUCCGACGGACUCUGAAAAUGCGAGGGGUUUUCACGGUUCUGCAGAGACCUUGCGCCUCAUGGCCACAUUGAUGGAGGACGUUCGUAGUCUGAGUAUUAUAGGCCAGCGUACUUUCGACACGGAUUCCUUUGGUUAUGAUCGCUUAGGCGAGAUUGCCCAGGUUGCUGAGCGGGCGUUGUCCGUCAAUGCAACAAAUGUUGUACGUCACGAUCUCGAUAGGCAUGUUGAGGUUCAUGACAUUUUGAGUCAAGAACUUGCACCUGUAGACCCGACCCAGCAACAUCCACCACCUGCACCUCCGAGGCGUUCGCGCGGGUCUCGGCGUGGGCGUGGGGGCAAGAGACAAUCACAUCAUCUCGGCCACAUCAGUCCUCCCAAAGCAUGA